AUGCCUUGCGCCUCUCAGCCAGCCAUGUCGGGAUCUGACCCUACCCAUCAACUGGUCAACACCAGCUAUGGAACCCACCUGUGCCAUGACCCCAGCCACCAGCAGGCUAACACCAGUUUGGGGGCCCCUAACUCUGCAGCUGCCACCCUGAGACCAGAGGCUUGUGGUGAUCCACCAAGAUUUAAAACUAUGAUGCUCCAAGGUGAGCUUAAACCCAAUUAUCGUCCUGGGGAAUGUGUACAAUAUGAGUGUCGUCUAGGUUUCAAGCCCAAGCUUCCUGCUCUCCCCAGAUCUGCUGUUUGUCAAGAUAAUAAUACAUGGUCAUCUCUCCAGGAUGCCUGUGUAGAAAAAUCAUGUCCUAAUCUAGGAGAUCCUGCAAAUGGCCAAGUUAACUUCGUGAAUGAAAGUGUUCUGUUUGGCUCACAGGCUCACUUUGCUUGCAAUCCAGGUUUUUAUCUGAUUGGAGCAAAAAUUAUAUAUUGUGAAAUUUCUGGAGAUAAUGUGAACUGGAGUGAUAAUCUCCCAAUUUGUGAAAUAAUUCUGUGUGCAGCACCUGGAAAUAUAACAAAUGGAAGAUUCACCCAGUAUAAGGAAGUAUAUCAAUAUAGUGAAGUAGUAAUAUAUAGGUGUAAUCCUUCUAAUGGACCAGAUGAAUAUUCUCUUAUUGGAGAAACCACCCUUAUUUGUGUUGAUCAUAACAGAUGGAGCAGUGACCCACCAGAGUGUAAAGUGGUCAAAUGUGACUAUCCAAUCGUCGAACAUGGAGCCAUAGUAUCAGGAUUUAGAGGAAAAUAUUACUACAACAUGCAAGUAGUAUUUCAGUGUCAUGAUGGUUUUUACCUUCACGGGAGUAGCACAAUUGUCUGUGGUGCCAGGGGGACCUGGGAGCCCGAGCUGCCAAAGUGCUCUGCUAAAGAAGCAAUUGCUACCACUACGGUGUCUGCAACUUCCAAUGCCUCAGGUUUCGUAAAGUCCUGCUUAUAUUUGUCAAUAUCCUUUAAAUUCCUUGUGAUGUUUUAAAAUCCUUUAAAUGUCUGGUGAUUUACACUCACUAGAACUUUAAGUAAUAA